CAGCUGCAUCAAUGUGUUGUCUGCUUCAAAGUCAUUCUAUACAGCACAAAGGAUCUUUCAGAAGGGCUUUCUUCUCUGCCACCCUUUAGCCAUGGCUGCAAAGGUUCCUCAGUGGCAGAGCUAUCUUCAAGUGAUUCUCUCUCGUGAAGGCCGGAGAGUGGAAUGUUUCCAAAAGGCAGAGAACAUUCUGCUCGUUGUACUGGAGAGAGUCAAUGCCAUGGACCCUAGGUUCCUAGUUGAUUAUUCAAGAAAUCUGGAAGCCUUAGAAUUUGCGCUCCGUGCCACUGAAGACGAAGUAACUAUGGAGGUUCCUUUGUGCAUUGAUGCUGAUGCUCUCCUCAUACAGGAGUGUUCAGGUGAACAGAGUGACUCUGAAAAAGUUACUCACGGAAGCUACCAGAUGCCAGGCUCUUGCUACUUGGCAGUACCGAAGGAAGGAAAUCGGCUGGAAAAGUGGACCAGAGAAGAUGUGUUCAGUAUGGUAGGCAGCACUGAAUCCAGUGGGCACAUUGUACCAGGCAAGAUCUUCCGACUGCUGAAAGACCUGAUUGUGGCUGCCAUUGUUUAUUGCAAACAUCAGUUCCUCAUCAAGCCAGGUGAACUCAGCGCAGAGAGGCUAAAAGAAGAUGACAUGCAACUUCCAUUGCUGAUAUCCAGUGGCUGGAAAAUGAUCUGCUUCAACAUUGUCCCUGUAGUGAGGAGAAAACAGAAUGCUCUGAAGUUCAACAACAAUGGGAGAGACAGAGGUUUUCCAGAGGGCAGCAUGUGGAAAGUCACUCAGGAGGCUGACUACAUCCCUGCCAGUUACUAUCACUGGAGAUAUUCUACCAAUCGUCCCACCCUGAAACUCCUUCAGAUUAUGAGCACCCUCAAGGGUUACUGCUUGGACAGUCUCCGUCUCCUUGACCAAGUUAACCAUGAAUACUGGAGAGAUGAAGGCAAGAACAAAGGGCUUAUGUUUCACCACUUAAAGAUGGUGUUGCUCUGGGCCACUCACUUUUUCUCUUCCCCCGAAGACUGGAUGAACCUGGAAGGGUCAGUGUAUCGUCUUCUGGUGAUUUUGCUUUGCUGUUUAGUGACCAACAAUCUCCCACAUUUCCUGUAUCCUGAACAAAAUCUGUUCCAAGUAGAAGGUGCUGACCUGAGUUCAUUGUAUCCCAGGGUGGAGAGCUUUGCUAUGAACCCUGAGCUUUUCCUGAGGUUCCAUUUUGCUAGAACAGAACACACAACACACCACCAAACAGAUAAUGGUCUCAAAGCCUUACUUCACCUCCCAGCUGAAGAUAAAGCCUACUGGGACACCGCCUUCUUUGAUAUGCUGCUUAAUAAGUUUCAGAUGUUUGAGAUUACGGACAGACAGCGGGUUUCUGCCAUGUCAAACAUUCUGCCAAAAACCAAGAAAAUGGUGACUGAUCAGAGAUGAAAACAUG